CUUAUCUGACUCGGGCUUUUUUUAUUUUAUUUUAUUUUUUUAUUUCAAGAACCUUUACCAGCUUCUUCUUUUCUCCCUACACAUUUCGACCCCCCGCCCUGCGAUCUAGAGCUCUCUCUCUCUCUCUCUAAAAAAGGAAAACCCUAAUUAACUUAAAUAUAUUAAUCACGUCCAUUUCUCAAUCCCAAAUUCGCGUAUUCGAUCUCCGAUCCUCGAUUUCUCUGUAAUUCAAGUAGAUUUAGGGUUUGGAGGAGAGAUGGAUUCGAGCAGGAGAGCGGUGGAAUCGUACUGGAGAUCGAGGAUGAUCGAUGGAGCAACAUCUGAUGAAGACAAAGUCACUCCUGUUUACAAAUUGGAAGAGAUUUGUGAGCUCUUGAGGUCUUCUCAUGUUACUAUUGUCAAAGAGGUCUCCGACUUUAUACUCAAGAGGCUUGACCACAAGAGUCCCGUUGUUAAACAAAAGGCGUUGAGAUUGAUAAAAUAUGCUGUGGGAAAGUCUGGUGGAGAGUUCAGAAGGGAAAUGCAAAGACAUUCUGCUGCUGUGCGUCAGUUGUUUCAUUACAAGGGUCAGAUGGAUUCUUUGAAGGGGGAUGCCCUUAACAAAGCAGUGAGGGAUACAGCUCAUGAGACUAUCUCUGCUAUUUUUUCCGAGGAGAAUGGUAAGCCAGCUGCUCCUGCUGAAAAUCUUAACAAACGAAUACAAGGUUUUGGGAAUACGAAUUUUGAUAUGCCAUAUGAAGAUAAAAAAUCGUUCCUUACCGAGGUAGUUGGUCUUGGUAGUGCGUCUAUCAAGCAGGGAAUUACUAGCCUAACACAAAGUCAUUCGUUAAGAAAGAAUGAUAAUGGGAGCUACAAGAGCCCAAAUCUUCAUCGGUCAUUGACCAUAGAAAAUGACUCCUCGGAUAGAUAUCAACCAGUUCAGUUGAACAAUGAAGCUCAGGGUAGUUCUGGAGUUUCUAAGAAUGUGGCCACGGGACCUUGGGGCCACGACUCGAGAGUAAUGAAUGCAGAAACAAAAAAGGAGGACUCCAGCUCACGCUAUACAGAGAGUAAGACUCGCGAGGAGAAGUUGUUAGAGACCAUAGUGACAUCUGGUGGUGUGCGGCUACAACCUACCCGUGAUGCCAUUCAAGCUUUUCUAGAGGAGGCAGCAAAGUUGAAUGUAUUGGCUCUAAGUCAUGCCCUUGAAUCCAAGCUUCAAUCUCCUGUGUGGCAGGCUCGCAUGAAAGCUGUGUGCCUACUUGAGUCAAUUCUGAGGAGAAAGGAUGAUGAACAAUUUUCAAUUGUAUAUUCAUAUUUUAGCGAAAAUAAAGAUUCUGUUGUGAGAUGUUCUGAAUCUCCCCAAAACUCUCUCAGGGAAAAGGCUAACAAGGUGCUAAGCCUUUUGGGUGGGGAAUCACUUGGUAACAUGGUAGGUAAUUCAGUAAAGGCUGAGACAGCUCAUGUCCAGAUGCCUGACUUAAUGGACACUGGAGAUUCAGAUGAUUUCUUUGGGACAGAUGAUUCUAUAAAGAAGCAAAGUGAACAACAUAUAGUGAACCCUAUGACAUCAACAACCCCUUUAAUUGAUGAUCUAUUUGGAGAUGGUGUUGGCACGGGUGUUAGUACCGGGGAGGAGCAGAAAAAUGAAGAUCCCUUUGCAGAUGUUUCAUUUCACACUAGUGAGGGUAGGGAGCAUGGGGAUGAUCUCUUUUCUGGGAUGACUUUUGAUGAUAAACCAGGUGCUGAUGAGAACCAUAUGCCUGCCAAUGAAAAUGGACCCGAGCUAUUUGAUAUCUUUGGGUCAAAUUCUGAAUUUUUGAAGGGGCAAGAAAAUAGUGAAACAGGUGUUAGUGGCUUAAUGGCGAGCAUGUCCAUUAAUGAUAAUGUCUCGAAGCUGCAAGUAACCUCUCCGGCAGUGUUCUCAGAAAGUCUCUUCUCGGAUUUAACCAGUAAUCCAAGCCAUCAGGUCACAAAUGAUGCUUUGAAUGGCUCGCUUGGCUUGUCAGCGACUGGGAUAAAUGUAAACCCACUACAUCCUUCCGGUACCGUGCCAUAUAAUAUGCAUCCUGGCAUAAUGUUGAACCCAGCUUUUCAUUCUCAGCCGAUAAAUUAUGCUGCCAUGGGGAAUUUUCUUGCACAACAGCAAUUUCUUGCAACAAUGUCCAACAUUCAACAUCUAAGUAACCUAAAUGUGCAAAAUGCUGGUGUUAGUCAUGCUUCGGGGACUGAUGGAGGUGGAUAUUCUUCUGCACUUCCUGACAUAUUCCAAUCGAACUUCCCAAAUCAGGCUCCUACUUCAACAAUGAACAGCUCUAAAAAAGAAGAUACCAGAGCAUUUGAUUUUAUCUCAGACCAUGUUGCAGCAGCACGUGAUCCAAAGAGAGUGGCCUAGAUUUUUGUGAUUGCAUUCUUGACCUUGAAGGAUGUCCUUCCCCCUCAGGUUGGGUUUGUUUAUUUAAGGUUGAAACAGUUUUACAUUCUUUGAAAAUAAAGGGCUAUCAGUAUGGUGCCAUGUUUCCAUGAAAAUAGGAUUGUCGCAAGUGAUGAAGGUGCGGUGCGGGGAGACCCCGGGAGUAGAUUUCUGUAUUUGAUAUAUCAAGGAAGAGAAGUGUUUCAGUGAUCAAGAAUCAAUUGUAUGGUUUUUUUUUUCUUUUUUUUUUGGGGGGGUCAAUAGACCUGUAAAGUGUUUUUCUGCUGGUGUUGUUUAUUUCCCCACCUCCACCACAAUGCUUGUAGUACCAGUGUUUGAAUGAAGAAAUCAAUAAUAGACAGCAUGUUCCUCUUGCCUUCUGCGGCCUUUAAAGCCAUCUGUUGCAACUAUGUUUUACUACCAGAAUGUUCUUCUUGCUGUCUGAAGCAGAAAAUAGAACUCUACGAUCAACUGUUGCCCUGCAAAAUUUAACAGCCUUUUUUCAGAUGGCAAAAUAGCAGACACCUGCCUUGCUCCCUGCUUUCUAUACACAUGGGUUCCAGCUUUAGGCCUUUGGAUCUAAUUCAACACUGCCAUCAAUGUGAUUCCCCUUGGAGCAAGCAUUUGAAGCUAGUGAGAACAUCUUCCUCUCUUUUUGCCAGGGUUAUGGAUUAUACUUGAUUGUCGUAAUUGUAAAGCAAUUAGCUACAUCACAUGAACAUUAGAUAAUUUUGUAUGAUUCCACUAAUAGUACGUGAAUAAUUAUAUAUUUUUAUUUUAAGGAGA